GUGGGUAGCAACAGUUGCCCCGGUGAGGACGAAGCGCCAUAGCCACGGUAGUCCUGGCGACAAGAACCCAGCAACGAAAAUCAACAACAACAACAACCCGAUUCUUAAAAAAAUUAAAAUACACAAAAAAAUCCGAGGGAAAAUUCAAAGGAAAUCAGAGAGUGGAGUCCCUGCUGUUGUCAUGGCGACUCCAGGCUACGUGGGGGAGCUGCAGCCGACCUCCCAGCAACAAGGGGGCGCCGUGAGCGUGGCGCCCGGGCAGUCCCCGCCCACCGCCCCAGCGCAGUUCCUUGCGGAGCUGCAGACUGCCACGGCCCAGCCCUCCGCCACCCCUCCCACACCAGGACAGAGCACGCCCCCCACCCCGGCCGCCCCGCCCCCUGCUCAGAAGACCACGGCAGGGCCCCAAACCACCCCCACGCAGCCCGCCCCCGCCCAGACACAGUACGUCACUGCGGAGAUCCAGGGCUCCCCCUCUCAGUCCAGUAACGUCCAGGCCACGCCCCAGUACAUCGUAGUCACAGUUACAGAGGGCUCCUUGCACUCCAGUGAUUCAGUGUCAGACUCCAGCCCCCCUCCAGUGGGGGUGCAGACUGGGGUGCCCACGCAGGUGGUGCAGCAGGUGCAGACAGCCCAGCAGAGGUCCGUGGUGCAAGCAGCAUCUCAGGCGGGCAAGACUGGACAGAGCGCUCAGCUGAGUGUGACCAGCCUGCAGCCGGUGCACCUGACUCAGGAGAGCCUGCAGGUCAGUCAGGGAGAGAUGGCGGGAGAGGCAGGGAGAGGAGAAGUACAGAGACGGAGGACAGACGCGUGGGACAGACACGCGGACCCGCAGGCAGGCGGCCGGGCCCUCCUCCUGGCGGGCGGCAUGGGCCACGGCUCAGACGGCUCCGCCCCCCUCCUCCUCAUCCCCCUCCCCUCCCCCGCCCCCCUCCACCCCCUCCCGCUGGGCUGGAACGUGGACACGCCCCCCUGCCCGCUGGACCCAGGGCUGGCCUCGCACCCGAGCCUGAUGUGGGGGCCCCUCACCGGCCACAGAGUGCAGCAGCAGCUCCAGCAGGUCCCAGUACAGCAUGUGUACACCAGUCAGGUGCAGUACGUUGAGGGGGGCGAGGCCAGCUAUACCACCAGCACCAUACGAUCUGGCAGCUACACCUACACAGACACCCCCCUGUACACCCAGACCGGUGCCACCACCUACUAUGAGGCCCCGCCCACCUCGGGGUCGCAGGUCGUCACCCCGGCGACCUCUCAAACGGUGGCGGUGACGACGGGCGCGGGGGGAGCGGUGUCCAUGUUCGUGUCGGGGGCGGGGCAGAUCGUGGCCAGCGCGGCGCCCGGCGCGGGCGUGGGGGAGGCGGUGGCGGCGGGGGCCGCUCCCAGCGGCGCCGGUGCAGGAGGAGGGGGGGGCAACGGCGGCGGGGGCAGCUAUGUCAUCCAGGGGGGGUACGUGCUGGGCAGCAGCGCCGCCGGUCAGAGCUACUCGCAGAACACCCGCGCGUCUCCCGCCACCGUGAGUAUACUGACAGAGGGAGAAGCCAAUAGUGUGCCGUCGGCAGACAAAAAGGUGCAGUGGCUGCUGGAUAACUACGAGACGGCGGAGGGCGUGAGCCUGCCGCGCUCCACGCUGUACUGCCACUACCUGCUGCACUGCCAGGAGCAGAAGCUGGAGCCCGUCAACGCCGCGUCCUUCGGCAAGCUCAUCCGCUCCGUCUUCAUGGGCCUGAAAACACGGAGGCUGGGCACGCGAGGGAACUCUAAGUACCAUUACUACGGGCUGCGGAUCAAAGCCAGCUCCUCCCUGCUCAGACUGAUGGAAGACCAGCAGCACCUGGCCAUGAGACAGCAGCCCUUUUCCCAAAAACAGAGAUUAAAGCCAGUGCAGAAGGUGGAGGGGAUGACCAAUGGGAUGGCUCUGGGGGCGGGGCAGCAGCAGGGAGGGGGUCUCUCUGACAUCAGUGCCCAGGUGCAGCAGUACCAGCAGUUCCUGGAUGCCUCUCGCGCCCUCCCUGAGUUCCCCGACAUCGACCUCCAGGGCAAAGCACUGCCUGAUGGGAUUGAGUUGGAGCACAUUAAGAACUACCAGCUGCUAUACAGGGAGCACUGCGAGGCCAUCCUGGAUGUGAUAAUUAACCUGCAGUUUACUCUGGUGGAGACGCUGUGGAAAACCUUCUGGAGGUUCAGUGAGAACCAGGCCAGCGACACUGGAACACUCACAGUCCAUGACGAGUCGGAGAAGCGGCUGCCCAAGUCCUGCCUGGUGAUGCUGUGCAAGUACGAUCCGGUGCUGCGCUGGAGCAAAGACUGCGACAACACGCUGUACCAGGGCCUGGUGGAGAUCCUCAUCCCCGACGUGCUGCGCCCCAUCCCCAGUGCCUUAACACAAGCCAUCCGAAACUUCGCCAAGAGCCUGGAGAGCUGGCUGUCCAACGCCAUGAUGAACAUUCCUGAGGAGAUGCUCCGCAUCAAGGUGACAUCAGCAGGUGCGUUUGCGCAGACGCUGCGCAGGUACACCUCCCUCAACCACCUGGCCCAGGCCGCACGCGCGGUCCUGCAGAACACGGCGCAGAUCAACCAGAUGUUGAGCGACCUCAACCGCGUGGACUUCGCCAACGUGCAGGAGCAGGCCUCGUGGGUGUGCCGCUGCGAGGACCGGGUGGUGCAGCGGUUAGAGCAGGACUUCAAGCUGACGCUGCAGCAGCAGAACUCUCUGGAGCAGUGGGCCGCCUGGCUGGACGGGGUGGUCACCCAGGUCCUGAAGCCCUACCAGGCCAGCCCUGCCUUCCCCAAAGCCGCCAAGCUCUUCCUGCUGAAGUGGUCCUUCUACAGCUCCAUGGUGAUCAGAGACCUGACCCUGCGCAGCGCCGCCAGCUUCGGCUCCUUCCACCUGAUCCGGCUGCUGUACGACGAGUACAUGUACUACCUGAUAGAGCACCGCGUGGCGCAGGCCAAGGGGGAGACCGCCAUCGCCGUCAUGGGAGAGUUUGCCAGCCUGGGACGAAGUCUGGGCACGCUGGACCCUGACAAAGAAGAGGAGGAGGAGGAGGAAGAGGAGAGCGACGAUGAGUGUCAGGAGUUGUCCCUCCCCUCGGAUUCGGCCAGUCUUGGAGUGGAAUCUCUGGAGCCUCCUGCUAAGCUGGCUAGAGUCGACCCCAGAGUGCUCUUCAACACCGGGCAGCCCGACAACUGACACACCCACACUGGAAUACCUGCCCGUGAGGUCAUUAUCACCUCACUCAUACACUGGAAAACCUUCAAACAGACGCUACUAUGACCACACACACACACACACACACACACACACUGGAAUGUCCACCCACUGUGGCCUCUCUGACCUCAUACACACACUGGAGUGUCCAUGCACAGAGGCUACUGUGACAUCAUACACUGUCCCUCUCUCUCUCACACACACACACACACACACACACACACACAUACAUACAUACAUACAUACACUAGAACACCCACAGAGGUAACCGUGACUGUAGGCAUGCACACACAUUCACAUUCAGCAGUGGCAGUACCACUCACAGUGUCUCAUGGACACACUCCCUGACACCAGCAACACAUACACACACACUGAACUGACCGUUUGACAGUUGUCUCCCCUGGUCCCGUCAGAGACCUGCCCCCCACCCCAACCCUCUUCUCUGUCUGUCCCGGAACUGCUACGCCUAUCAGUCUGAGGUACAAGAACCUGUCCAAUCACAGAAAAAGAGGAGCAUGUCCCUACAAACUGUCCCUGGGGACCAGUCUGGAAUGCUCACCGCCGUUGAGUGCGCAGUGAACUAGCUUUGAAAACGGUUAAGGUGGGUUAACGGUUAUUAACUUAAUGAAACUGGGGACACCCUGCCUGAUACAUACAUUAAGGUCUGGAGUCACACCCGGCCAAUCGCAGCAGAGGGGCCGUGUCAGUCAAAGCCUGGCAGCCUAUCGGCGCGGCGGUGGGCGUGGCGUGCUGGCCCGCGGGUGGGCGUGGCCGUAAGCGUGUUGUCCGUGCGGUGUCGUGAUCCCGUCCUGUGCCGUCUGUGUUGGCGCGUGCCUUUGGGGCGUCGCCCUGUGCUGGUGUCCGAGGGCGUCUCCGGUCACGUCGUCUGCGUUCGUCUGGCCAGCGCCGCCACCUAGUUUCCAGGGAGAUAUUUGGCUACCGCUGCCAAUAUAAAUAUAUCAGCGGGUUUUGUGAAUUCCCUAGUUUAAAACUGUACAUUCAAAGUCAAUCUUGUGGCUUUUUUUUUUUGUGAAAGCGUUUGACCCACUUCAGUGCGCCCGGUGUCCAGCCGGCCACAUCUCCGUGCCCUCGGCUCGCUGUCCGUCCCCUCAGGACAGGGUUCGGAUGACGCCGCUGUGGCAGUCCCCUCGGUGACGCCGCAGAGCUCCGAGCAGCAGAAGGGCCAGAGGCGUCUCGUCCGCGCGCUGCGUUUUCCCAAGGGGUUGGCCGUUAGGGUUAAAACAGCCACUGAAAGCAAGGAACGGUGUUUAUAAGCAGUCACGUGUGUCUGACACAGAAGCCUGUGUUCCCUGUUGUGUGCGUGUGUGUGUGUGUGUGUCUGAGAGAGUGUGUGCGCGCGCGUCUUCUCCAGUUUGCCCUCAUGCUUCCAAGCGAAGCGACCGCGGUCUUGACAUUUCUGACGUUUCAUUCUGCCGUUUGCCUUUUCGCAUUGUGUUUCGUUACCGGUUACGAUUUUAAAUUUCACUCCAUUUCUGUGCCAAAUGUAUCCUUUUUUUUUUUUUUCUUGCCUUGGCUGACAUUGCCGUCACUCCAUGCUGGUUUUAACCGUGUAAUACAGGCCUGCAGCUCAUGAAAGGGGGGGGGGGGUGGACUUUAAUGCGUUUGUGCGUUUGUGCACAGCUCUUCAGUAUCGGAGCCUGUAAAAUGGAAGCGCUUACCGACGUUGUGCUCCUGAUGAGAGACGAGUGCCGUUCCGAUACAGUUCUGCACCUCCUUUCCUUCAUCAGAGAGAGAGAGAGAGAGACAGAGACUGAUUGACUGACUAUAUGGCUGAAUAAGCAUAGAUGACUCCCCCACCACCACCACCACCACCCCCAGCCCCCGUCACACAAGCACACAGGUCUUGUUCAUAAAAUAGCAUUUUCCUUUCGGCCAAAACUUUGGUUCUGAGUCACAGGACAUUGCCACUGCCACUUUGUUACAGUCAUUAUCGUUGCCGGUUCUGCGAUUUUCGGUUUCCAUAGUAAUUUAACGCCACGGUGACAGCGGACAGAUUGGCGCAGUGUACGGUCCUUUUAGCGGUCAUGGAAGGGGCUCAAACCAGCAUGAAUUAACCCUCUCCUCAGAGGGCUCGACGCCUGCCAGCACCGAUCCAACAUAUCACUCAGAUCCUCCCGAUACCUUUCAAAGGAUCGCAACCGAAUGGUGGUUUUUUUUGUUGUUGUUUUUUUUUGUAUUAAUGUGUACAUCGUUUAAGAGCUGAAUUUCGUUUUCUAACGGUGCAAGAAAAAAAGAAGAAAAAAAAAACUUGGGAAUGUGGGAAAGUGUUUUAAGAAUAUGGACAACCGAGAGAAUGCUUGUGCCUUUGGAGGUUAUAGAAUGCAAUGCAGAUGUUUUUAAUUUUAAGAGAUAUAAAUUAAGAAUUUUUAAAAUUGUACUGUGUCAAAGACCUUUUAUUUUGCACUCUCCUCCAUACAGUGACGUGAUAAUGCCAGCUUCUAUUGAAAACGAGAACAAACGAGACACCCAGCGAAAGGAGGUGGAUAGAGUGCAGCAGGGAUGGACAAAGCACUCUCCUCAGCCCUGGGGUUUGCAAGUUUGUAUCCCAAGUGGGACAUGGCCAAAAAAAAAAAAAACACAGCUUCACAGCUGCCCUGUAGUAGAGGAUUUUGCACACAGCAGGCCACCCCAUGCGAGUUCUCACCUCAGUGCGGUACGGACCACGGUGUCAGUGCCUGGUGUCAGUGACAAGUUGAGGGGGGAAACCCAUGUGAAGGCGUUUACAGAACGACAAUACACUGCAAACACGUGAAUUUCUCUCAGACGUGUGGUGUGAGACAGGAAGUGGCACAGACUUUUAGAAACGCUAAGGUAACCAAGGUGACAUGACACACACUGGAAUAUCCACAAACGCAGCUAUGACCACACAAACUUGAAUCCUCAGUCACAGAAGUAACGGAGACACACACACACACAUGCAUGCACUGUGGUGGCAGUAAAAGCACAUAUAUUUCUAUGGCCUUACCAGACGGUGGAUAGUUGCUUCCAUCUUCCAUCUUCCUUUCCUUAACACACAAGGCUCUGGUUCGUAACAGGAGUCCCUGGCGAUUGGAAGGCUCACUGAAAUAGUACAGGAAUUUUCAGAAGACCAACGGACAUGGAAUUUUUCAGAAUCUAGAGAAUGUUUGAUGUUAGGCUGACCACCUGGUUGGUUUAUGGUAACAAUCAGUGGUGCCUUCCCCUCCAAAGAUCAGCGCACCUCUUCAAAGACAGGAAUGCAAAAACGGGUUUUUGCAGAAAGUCCCCACCCAAGGAAAACCUCAAAUGGAACAAGACCUGAAAAGGCUGAGCUAAAUCUUAGCAGCGCCCUCUCUAUGGUAGUGGCUACAGAUAAGGCCAGGUACACGUCAUUCCAGAACAGAACCGGCCUCCGCACCCCAACUCGACUGGAUCUUCCACUGAAAAACCCGAACCCCCAUGCAGACAUCCAACAGUACACACGUACGCACACAGGGCUGGACUGACAAAGUCUCACAGGGGAGAAAAACUGGGAGGUCUCAAUAUCAUCUUUUAUUUGUGAAGUUUUUAAAAACAAGCAGUAAAAAGUAAAACCCAAGCAUACAAUAUAUAACAUCAUGACUUCUCAGAACAAGAAAUAAUGGGGAAAACAAAAAAAAUAAAUCUUUCCUUUCCCGGACAAAAACAGCAAUCAAAGCACAAGGUUGGAGUUGGAGCACAAGGAGGUCCCAUGUGGGUGACACAGUCAUCACGACCAAACACAAACGUACCAUGUACCAUAGUACACAAAGCCAUAUACCACACACACAAUUAUAUGCAUCUGCAAGUAUACAUCCAUACGGACACUAUUAAACAUGCAUCCACACCCCACACUCAAUCACGCAUACACACAUGUACAAAGACAUGUAACCACGCACACACACAGGCACGUACACACGUAAACAAAACACACACACACACACACACAAACACAC